UCCCUCUUGGAAGUUGGAAAGUGACUAACCCAUUUCUCUCUCCCUCUCCUUCUUCUUCUUUUCUCCCGUAUAUAUAUUAAAAAACCCAAACCCAAAACACUAUAGCUUAAACCCUCUCCUUAAAAAAAAAAAAAAAAAGUGAGAAAUACUCUCAAUUUUGAGUAUAUUUUUAAUUAUUACUCUUAAUAGAAUUAUUCGAGCUUAAAAUCGAUCUAGAUCACAAAAAUGCCAGUGAAUCCGCCGAGGUCGGCUCUACUAGUUCACCGAAUCAACACCGGAACCACAAUCUCCAACAUCAACGGCGGCGGCGGCAACAUGCAAAGCCAAAACAAAGAGCUAAACGUUCUCAAGAGACGGUCUCCGGCCAUGGUCGCACCGUUACCGGAGGCUGUGGCGCGUCACCACACGCACGAGGUUAGAGCGGACCAGUCUUGCUCCGCUGUGAUCCAGGAGAUCGCCGCACCGGUAUCGACGGUCUGGUCGGUCGUCCGGCGAUUCGAUAAUCCCCAGGCUUACAAGCACUUCGUCAAGAGCUGUCACGUUAUCGUCGGCGACGGCGACGUAGGGACUCUCCGCGAGGUUCAGGUCGUUUCAGGUCUUCCGGCGAAUAACAGUACCGAGCGACUCGAGAUCCUCGACGAAGAACGCCACGUCAUCAGCUUCAGCGUCGUCGGCGGCGAUCACCGCCUCUCGAACUACCGAUCCGUCACCACUCUCCACUCGUCGAUCUCCGGCACCACCGUGGUCGAGUCCUACGUAGUCGACGUUCCGCCGGGGAAUACAACGGAGGACACAUGUACGUUCGUGGACACCAUUGUUCGAUGCAACCUCCAGUCACUCGCUCAGAUCGCCGAGAAUAUCGCGAAACGAUCGGCCAUUAACAAGUCCAAUCUUUCAUGAGUCGGUUUGUCUGUAUUUUGGUCAUGAUACGCCGUCGUUUCUCCAUCAUCAUCCGAUGUGGGUUCGCCACUGAAAUCGGCCACGACCAACUUGAAAUGUCAUAGUGUUUUCUUUCAUUCCUUUUUUCUUUUUUCCUGUUUUGUGUAACUAAAAUUAGAUGAAUAUUUAUGACAUGCAUAAAUAAUAGUCACAUUUAAUCACAA